AUGGUAUCACUCGUGAACAAGUCAUUGCGCAAUCUGGUAGCAGAUGUACUCUUUGCUUACGUCAGUGUCGACAGCAACACUUCAGAGAUGCAGCCUGGCCAGAGCUACUUCAGACUGACGAGGGGUAGUGUUAGACAUUUGCACCUCGCCUAUCCGAAAACGCUGGUGGACUCGAAUGUCACUAAGCGCUGCCUACCCAUAUCUCAAAUGACCAAGCUGAACAGUUUGCACAUCAACCUCCGCGAGAUGCUCUAUGAGUUGGAACUGGCAGCGGCAGAAGAGGUGCGAGAGAAAGAGCUAGCAUAUGGGAAGCACAACCUGAUAGACUAUAUCCCACAAUCCAACUCAGUCAAGGAGCUUACUCUCGUAGUCAACUCCCUCAAUGACUUUCAUUUUCAUAAGUUUUCCAUCCAGCAGCUUAUAAGCAAAUUUGCACACCCACUCACUCUGGUCAUUGUUAAGGAUAUAGAAAGUGAGAUAGACAGGUAUGUGCUUAUGGACUUCACCCAGCCUUUUCAAUUUGCCAAAGUAAUCCUGUGCGAACUGAGGAGCUCGGUCGUUUUUCUAAAGACAGCGUUUGAGGAAGUCGGAGGUAGUGGGGUGUUGUUUGAGGUGAGCUUUAUGAGGGGCUUGGAGAUAUUGCGCAAGACUUACUACUCGACGGCAUUUGUGGUGAAUGAGUAG